AUGGAGAGUUUAUUUACGGCAAAUUGGAUAAGUCCUUUCCAAUGGUUGCCGGCAGAAGAUAGAGGUCCUAGAUUUCUUGAAUGGCUAGAGGAUGUUGAAGCGAAAUUCGAGCUAAUAGACUGGCCAGAGAAAGAUGAUGGAGUUAAAAAGCAUAAAGCACUGUUGGCUGUUGCAGGAGCUGAA